AUUUAUGUAAGCUUUAUCUCUUUAAAAGCUUGUGUUUUCUGCUCAAUAAAUGGCAUAAAAGGAACAUUUUGCUGGGAGUUGGGAAACUCUAGUAGAUAUGUUUGAGAAACGUUUGCAACUUUACAAAUAUAACAGAACUGCACUAAUACCUGAAUGCAAACCGACUAUAGGGAUUGAGUUUUAUCCUGCAAUUAAAAAUGAAAAAGAUCUUUUGCAUCAUAUAAUGAGAUUACACUUAUACUUACCAUAAGUUUUUUUUAAUCAUGCUCAAUUUUAUGAGUUUAGUACUGCCCUUGAUGAUAGAAACAUUUUCGAUAGACGUAAUGUAGGGUAUUGUUAUAAAAUAAUAUAAGUUCUCUUUUGGGCAUGGCAUUUAUGGGUAUUGUUGGUUUCUUAGCCUUGGGUUUUACAAUUAUGGGUAUGAUAGCUGGAGGAGUUUUAGGAGUUAUGCUUGGAAGGUAUGCAGGUCGUCGAAUGAAGAAGACAUUUGCAUCUCAAAAGGUAUUAUUAGAGUUUGAUAUCUAUUCAAUCAGAUUACGUUGUUUUAUUAAAUGGGCAGAGGAAAGAGGUAAAACUUACAGAUAUAAUGUCAAUUUUGUUAGAUUCAUAGCUGAGAAAUUGUUAUUAGAAAUGAAAACUGCUUUACAUUAUAAAUAAUUCAGUAAUGAAUAAUAAAAACAAGCUAGAAAGAUCAUACUUAAGGUAGCUGAAGUUAUUAAAGAGAAACACUUUAUUCAUGCUCUAAUUUUAUCUCUAAAAAUGUCUCAAGAAUAUUUACGCAUCUUGAAAUUGUUGAGUGAAAAUAGUGAAUUGAAUCGUGGAGAUAUUGAAGAAUAUUAGCAUUUUAAAAAUUUUAGAUCAGAACUUGAGGUAUGUUUAAUGAAGGCUGUUGACAAUGUUUUAAGACCCUUAGUUCGAUUGUUAGAGGAGUCUAAUCCAAAAUCUAAAGUACUGAAAAAAAUUAAAGAUUAAGCAAAUACUUUUUUAAUUUAAAAAGAGAUUAUAUAAUUGACUAAGUAAUUCCCAGAUCCGUAAAUGAGAAUAGCCUUUAUAAAGAUGUUAGCUGAGAAGAUGAAGUAACCAAUAAAAAAUGAAAGUAUAAUUUCAUAUUUGAAAAAACAACAUUUCAGAGACAUUGAGUAAAUUGGAAUAGUUAUAGAUCAACAAAUAGAUUAAUAGAGAGAUUGUUUGGAAUAAAAGUAGAUUGAAUUAGAAAUUGUUAAAGAAGAAGAUAUGGACUAACAUGGUUCUCCUUAAUAAUAAAUUAAAUCGCAAUUUUCAGCUGGUAGUGAGUCUGAAUUUUAACCUUUACAAGAAGAGGGUAUAAAAUCAACUAAAAAGUAAUAAGAUUAAUAGGAGUUAUUAUUAAAAAUAACUUAACAUCCAAAUUUGGUGUUUAUGAAGAUUGAUUCAAAUUAAGGAGACUAAAUAAUAUAGAAUUCAUUGGCUUAAUCUUUAAGUUCAGCUGAUAUUAAAUAAAUUUUGGAACCUGAAUAAUAAAUAAUUUUGUAACAUCAUUAAUCAGUAGAUAUAAAUUAGGUAAUUUAUUCAGAAGAGACAAUUAAAAAGUUUGAACUAUUUCUCAAAUUUUAUGAGGAAUCAACUGACACAUGGGAAUGUGUAACAACUAAGGAAGAUAUUUACAUUUAUAAAUCUAUGAAACCUGGUUGUGGUAGUGUUUUUCUAAAAGGACACUCAUUUAUUUAUGGUCAUGAUAAAUAAGUGGUUUUUAAUGCUGUUUAUUAGAAGGAGUUUAGAACUAAAUGGGAUAAAAUUAUGCAGAAAUUUAAUAUAGUAAGACAUGAGCGAGAAGAUAUUGAUAUUAUGUAUUAUAUAGUAGUACCACCGAUUCCAAUAGUUAGUACAAGAGAGUGGUUGUAAAGAAGAAUAUUAAGACAUGAUUUCCCUUACAAGGGAUAAAUAUGUUUAUUGUUUUAUUCAGUUGAUUUAGAAGAAUUUCCAAUAUCGAAGAGUCCAGUUCGUGCGCAUACUGAAAUAGCUGGUAUUUAAUUUAUUAUUAUUAAAAAAAAGGUUAUGUUUUUGAGAAUACACCUUCUGGCACCAAAAUUACAUUUGUCUCUAAUAAUGAUAUAAAAGGUUCAAUUCCUAAAUUAUUGGUAAAUCAUGCUAGUGCGAAGGGACCAUUUGGUUGGUUUGGUAAUCUUCGUAAAGCUUGUGAUUAAUACAAAAAACAUGAUGGUAAUCUCAAUAGAAUAGUUAUAUCAUGA